AUGAGACUGCUCGAUGCUGUUGUUGGCUUCUUUGGCGUCUCUGGGACCGCCCAGCCCCCUCUUUCGAUCCUAGACAACUCUGUCAAGACGGCGAGGAUCCCCACAAGCCGUGAGUCGGCGGUUAUGGGACGUCGAGUCCUUGCCUUGUCCAAGCUGGGAACCUUGUCGACCGUUUUCCCCAACGCAACUGCAACCGCGACGGCCCAUGGGGUCAACAACCACGAGGCCCACGACCACGAGGUCCCUCCCAGCGGCAUGGGUGGUCAACCGGUCGGUCUCAUGGACUAUGUCGCUGACUGCGAAGAGGGAGGCAACCCGACAAUUUUGGCCAUCAAAGUUGCGACAAACUUCAAAAACGUCCGCGCCGGUUCCAACAUUACUCUCGCCAUGAGGUGGCAACCACCCUAUGCUCCAGCUAAACGCAUAUCCAUCUUGUCUCGCCUCUUGGCGCAUGUAGGCCUUUCCCAAGGUCGCUCGGGUAUUAUCGAUCACCCAGCGCUCUUCGAGGCUCCCGACACUGUGCCAUAUUCAGCCGCAAACCUGCCUCGCUUUGCACUCUUUGGAUACUUGGAGCCAAUACAAGUCGAUGACGAGGUGUCGAGGAAGCUGGCCACCUGCUACACUACGAAGCAUCCGGAUGCUACAUUCUGGCUCCCAGGAAAUCGCAUUCACGAUAGUGAGUGGAUGAGAUUGGUGGUGACGCACAUUCACUGGAUAGGUGGAUUUGGCGAUAGAGCUUACAUUGGCUGGAUCCCUGCUGAGGACUGGAAGAAAGUGAAAAGGGACGACUGGGAAGCCAUUAGGCUGCCUGGAGAGAAGAAAGGCUGGAACGAGUGGAGUAUUGGACAGUCUGAGGAGCUGUGA